ACUCACACACUCAAUUAAAAUGUCAGGAGGCAAGAAAAGGUACACUCUAAGCUCAAUCGGCGUGAGGCUGGGCUGCAGCAGUAGCAGCUGCCGGCGCCCCAAGAUCUCCGCCGUCUUCCAGCCGAAGCGGCGGCGGCACUCAUCCUCCAGCUCAUGGGACAACAACACCACCACCACCACCACAUUCUCCACAUCCUCAGAUGCGGAAGAGGCAGACAUCAAGAGCCUCCGCGCCGUGCAGGGGUUCGGCCGCAUCGGCGGGUCCAGCGUGGCUGUGGAGAAGGACUCCGACGACCCGUACCUCGAUUUCCGGCAGUCGAUGCUGCAGAUGAUUCUAGAAAAGGAGAUAUACUCAAAAGACGAUCUCAAACACCUCCUCAAUUGCUUCCUUCAGCUCAAUUCGCCUUACUACCAUCGCACCAUCGUCCGCGCCUUCACCGAGAUCUGGAAUGGCGUUUAUUCCCAUUCUCCUUCCUACUAGCUCUUCUCCUCACACACAAACAUUCGGUUUUCACAGCCUUUUUGACAUUAGUGCUGUCAAUUCUUGGUGAGUUGUCAAAAAUUCUGUGAAAAUUGUAAUCCUUGUGUAAUGUUAAUGGACUUGCUUUCUCUUUCUCUA